ACUCACGCUGUACGGUCAGUUGACAGAUUACUAUAGUGUGAGAAGUACGUCUUGACUAUUAAUUUGUUCAUACUCCCGGCAUUCUAGAAGUUUUAUUCAUCUAUUUUUUAAAUUGUUUUAAACCCUGCCGAACGAAAGAGCUAAAGAUGCCGGCCAAGUUAUACAAAUUGAAUGCAAGCCCACCAGCCCGCGCAGCUAUGAUGGCGUGCGAAAUUUUCAAAGUACCGGUGGAGAUGGUCAACGUAGAUUUUGUGAAGGGAGAGACUCUCACACCGGAGUAUUUGAAGAUGAACCCUCUCCACACAAUUCCCGUGUUUGCUGAUGGGGAUCUUGUAAUUCAUAAUAGCCACGCCAUAUUGAUCUACCUGGCAGAAGUAUAUGGCAAAGAUUCUUCUUUUUAUCCUAAAGAUGUCAAGCAACGAGCACUCAUCAACCAAAAAUUGUUCUUCGAUGAUGGUGUUUUGUUUGCGAAGUUGCGCAACAUUACGUACCCAGCAUUUGCGCUCGGUCAAAGAGGACUGACGGAGCAGCAGCUUAAGGAUUUGGAAGAAUGCUAUGAAUUCUUGGAAGAAAUAUUGUCCCGACAGAAGUAUAUAGCUUUGGACCACAUAACUAUUGCCGAUGUGGCCGCUUACGCGACAGUUUUUGUGUUAGAUUACAUACUUCCUUUAAACGCUAAGUACUCCAAACUAUCAGCUUGGCUAAAAGAAAUGGAUAAACAACCUUACGCUGUUAAACAUAAGGCAGAGGGUCUAAACAUGCUUGCUACUUAUAUUAAUUCUCCUGUUAAUUCCAAGUAAUACGCAUCCUUAACAACGAACGCUAACUAAUUACAUGACAGAACUAAUAAAACAUUUCACUUUUU